GGACGGCACCGAGGUUGUCAGGGGACGCCGGUUCUCGCUAACGGAGCGCUGACGUGCGACUAUCUGCCUCACACCUGGCUGUGACGCCGAAGAUCUCAGACUGCCAUGCAGCUCACUUUCUCUUCAGUGAGCUCUAGCGCUCCUCCGUGUCUCCGCCCUCACCAUCACCCAAAAUGGCAUUAAUUCCUGAUCGACUGGAAGAACCGGUAGAAAGAAAAAAGAAGGAGGAGAUUAGCGAGGCAGCUCAAGUUUGAAGUCUUACAGGACCACUUGUCCUAAAGGAACUUGGGAAGUGCCGGGAACAUGACAGCGUCCGUGUGAGCGUCAUCUCUCUGAUAUCUGCGUGAUGUAGCUGUAAGAAGUCAGAGAUUUGCACUGGAACGAUGACGGACAGACGGAUCCUGUUCACCUUGUUGCUUCUGAGCACCUGGAUAACACGUGGACCGUGCAGGGACGGGGACAAGCCCACGAAGAACAAGGGUGGGUGGAGAUGGAAAGGGGACAGGUCUCGUUCUCGUCUGCGGCAGGAGGACUACCCGCCCCGCAUCGUGGAGCAUCCCUCUGACCUGAUCGUGUCCAAGGGCGAACCCGCCACCCUCAACUGCAAGGCCGAGGGGCGACCCAUGCCCACUGUGGAGUGGUACAAGGAUGGCGAGAGGGUCGAAACGGACCGGGACGACUCGCGUUCCCAUCGCAUGCUCCUACCAACCGGUUCACUGUUCUUCCUGAAAAUUAUUCACGGCCGCCGGAGCAAACCGGACGAAGGCUCGUACGUCUGCGUGGCUCGCAAUUACCUCGGGGAAGCCGUCAGCCACAACGCGUCGCUGGAAGUAGCCAUUCUCCGUGAUGAAUUCAGGCAGAACCCCAGCGAUGUGAUGGUGGCAGCCGGAGAACCGGCAGUGAUGGAGUGUCAGCCUCCACGUGGACACCCGGAACCCACCAUCUCCUGGAAAAAAGACGGCGUGAACGUAGAUGACAGAGACGAACGUAUAACAAUCCGAGGCGGGAAGCUGAUGAUCACCAACACGAGGAAGAGCGACGCAGGGAAGUAUGUGUGUGUGGGAACGAACAUGAUGGGAGAACGGGAGAGCGAAAUCGCCGAGCUCACUGUGCUGGAGCGACCCAGUUUCCUGCGCAAGCCAAGCAGUCAGUCGGUUCUGGUGGAGCAAAGUGUGGAGUUCAGGUGUGAGGCUCAGGGAGACCCCAUCCCCACCGUCCGCUGGAGGAAAGAGGAUGGAGACCUGCCUAAGGGACGGUUCGAGAUCCGUGAUGAUCACACCCUGAAGCUGAAGAGGCUGAGCUCGGCCGAUGCCGGCUCCUACACCUGCCUGGCGGAGAACAUGAUGGGGAAGGCAGAAGCCACGGCCACCCUCACCGUCCACGUUAUGUCUGUGCCGCCGGUGUUCGCGGUGCGGCCGAGGAACCAGGUGGUGGGGUUGGGACGCACCGUGACGUUUCAGUGCGAGGCGACAGGAAGCCCACAGCCGGCCAUCUUCUGGCAACGAGAAGGGAGUCAGAACCUGCUGUUCUCCUCCCAGCCUCCUCAAUCCUCCAGCCGGUUCUCCGUGUCUCAGACCGGUGAUCUGACCAUCACAGGAGUGGAGCGCGGAGACAGCGGCUACUACAGCUGCCAGGCGCUCAACAUUGCAGGAAGUGUGAUCACUAAAGCUCUGCUGGAGGUCACAGAUAUCAUUUCAGACCGCCCUCCACCUGUCAUCCGUCAGGGACCCACCAAUCACACAGUUCCGCUGGACAGUACGGUGGUUCUGGGCUGCAGGGCGACAGGAAGUCCUUCACCCACCAUCAUGUGGAAGAAAGAUGGAGUUCUGGUGUCUGCUCAUGACUCCCGCUUUAAGCUGCUGGACUCUGGAGGUCUGCAGAUCCGAUAUGCCAAGCUUGGAGACACGGGUGUGUAUACAUGUGUAGCGUCCAGUCCCAGUGGAGAAGCAUCAUGGAAGGCCUACCUGGAAGUUCAAGAGUUCGGUAUAGGAGUUCAGCCCGGCCGACCCACCGACCCAAACCUGAUACCUAGCGCUCCCUCCAAACCCGAGGUCAUGGAUGUCACUCGCACCACCGUGUCUCUGUCCUGGAAGCCUGACCUUCACUCCGGAGCCACGCCCACCUCAUACAUCAUUGAGGCCUUCAGUCAUGCAGCAGGCAGUAGCUGGCACACGCUAGCAGAGCAUGUGAGGACCGAGAGCUAUGUGCUGAAGGGUCUGAAGUCCAGCGCCGUCUAUCUCUUCUUGGUCAGGGCGGCUAACGCGUAUGGCCUGAGUGACCCGAGUCCCAUCAGCGACGCCAUCAAAACACAAGAAAUUCCUCCAACCAGUCAGGGAGUGGAGCACGGGCAGAUCCAGAGGGAGCUCGGAGAUGUCGUCAUUCACCUCCACAACCCCACCAUCCUUUCCUCCUCCUCCAUCCGUGUGCAGUGGACAGUGGAGCAGCAGUCCCAGUACAUGCAGGGCUAUAAGGUGAUGUACCGUGUGUCGUCCGAGUCGGGGCAGGCGCGGAGCGACUGGACCGUGUAUGAGGUCAGGAGUCCUGCCGAGUACACGGCCGUGAUCACUCAGCUCCGCAAAGGCACCACCUACGAGUUCAAAAUACGACCCUUCUUUAAUGAGUUCCAGGGCACCGACAGCGACAUCAAAGUCGGCAAGACGCUGGAGGAAGCCCCUAGUGCAGCGCCCAGAGACGUGACUGUCACACAGAGCAGAGACAACAGCACUGCCAUCCUGCUCUCCUGGCAAGCACCUCGUGAGGACGAGCGCAACGGUGUGGUCCAGGAGUACAGGAUCUGGUGUUUGGGAAACGAGACUCGUUACCAUGUCAACCGCAGUGUGGAUGGCAACACCUUCUCAGCAGUGAUCUCGGGUCUGGUUCCGGGCAUCCGUUACGGCGUGGAGGUGGCAGCCAGCACCGGAGCUGGACCCGGAGUGAAGAGUGACAUCACUUACUUCCAGCUUGACUCCACGGGGAAGAUGAUUCAGCCUGUCGUGGACGCAGAGGACACAAUUUCUCAGCAGAUCUCAGAUGUCGUGAAGCAGCCGGCCUUCAUCGCAGGGAUCGGCGCGGCGUGUUGGAUCAUCCUCAUGGUGUUCAGCAUCUGGCUGUACCGCCAUCGUAAGAAAAGGAGCGGGCUGAGCACCAGCUACGCCGGCAUCCGCAAAGUGCCAUCGUUCACCUUCACGCCUACAGUUUCCUAUCAAAGAGGAGGGGAAGCUGUGAGCAGUGCUGGCAGACCUGGCUUGUUGAACGUUAGCGACUCAGCUACGCAGCCCUGGCUUGCAGACACGUGGCCUAACAAUUGCUCCAACCAGAACGACUGCAGCAUCAACUGCUGCACCGGAAGCAACGGCAACAGCGACAGCAACCUGGCCACCUACAGCCGCCCUGCUGACUGCAUCGCUAACUACAAUCAGAUGGACAGCAAACCCAGCAACCUCCUGGCGCCAGAUUCGUCCCUCUACGGAGACGUUGACAUCUCCAACAAAAUCAACGAGAUGAAAACAUUCAACAGCCCCAACCUGAAGGACGGGAGGUUGGUGGGACCCGUGGGCCAGCCCACACCGUACGCCACCACCCAGCUCAUUCAGUCCAGCAUGGGCUCCAACCACACGGGCGGCACCGACCUCAACGAAAAACAGAGCUGGAAGAUGCCUCAGAAACAGGAAGUGACCUCACAGCUGCAGUACAGCAUCAUGGAGCAGAACAAGCUGAACAAGGCCUCAGACCACUACAGAAGUGGAGACAGCACCAUGCCAGCCACCAUCCCAUAUAACCAAGCGCCUGAUCCCAAUCCCAACGCCGGCUCCUACAGCAGCUCUGACCGAGGCAGCAGCACAUCCGGAAGUCAGGGGCAGAAAAAAGGGGGGCGAACUGCUAAAGCACCAAAGCAGAGCGCAAUGAACUGGGCUGACCUGCUGCCUCCUCCACCCAUCAGCCCGCCACCCUGUCAGGACUACGGCAUUUCGAUGGAUGACAGCUAUGAGGCAGAGCUCCAGUGCCCCAUCCCUCCGUCCCGCAUGUACCUACAGCCUGAUGAGUUAGAGGAGGAGGAAGCAGAUCUGGAACGAGGCCCUACUCCCCCGGUUCGAGGCACAGCGUCCUCUCCUGCCGCUGUAUCCUACAGCCACCAGUCCACUGCCACCCUCACGCCGUCCCCACAUGAAGAGAUGCAGCCCAUGCUCAUGGAGAACCCGGAGAACAACCAUGAGCGCAGACGGCAGUUAGUCAGCCCUCCUCCACCACCACGGCCUGUCUCGCCCUCUCACACGUACGGCUACAUCUCCGGCCCCCUGGGUCUGGACACUGAUGGUCUGGAGGACGACGAAGAAGCAGACGAGACAGACGCAGAUGUUCCACUGGUCCACCCGAGAUACCCUCACGUGCUCAUCCCUGCCCACCAGCACGGUGCCCAUCCUAGGCUGACUUUGCGUGGACUGGAUCAGACACCGGCAUCCAGCACAUGUGAGCUGGACAGCUCAGUAACCGGUUCCAUGAUCAAUGGCUGGGGCUCGGCGUCCGAGGAAGACAGCGGGUCAUCUGGGCGCUCCAGCAUCAUCAGCUCGUCCGACGGUUCCUUCUUCACCGAUGCAGACUUUGCACAGGCCGUGGCUGCCGCUGCAGAGUAUGCCGGGGUCCGGGUCGCCAAGCAUUCUGGGAAGGGCUUGCCACACUCACACUACACUGGGCCAGGAGCACGGAAAUACCAAAACCUGCCCUCAGGUCAUCGCCCAGCAAGUCCCUUUUCUACAGAUAGUAAUAUGAGUGCAGCUGUGGUGCAGAAAAGACCUCCAAAGAAACAGAAACAGCAAGCAGCUGGACACUACCAGCGAAGAGAGGCUUACACAGAUGACCUUCCUCCACCACCCAUCCCACCUCCAGCCAUGCUCAAGUCCCCAACUCACCCAGCCAAGGCAGCGGCAGAGACAGGAAGGAGGUCCAGCUCAGCCGAGAGCAGAGACAAGCGAGACAAGAAGCCCAGAGAUGCCACGGACACGAGAACCAGCUCGUCAGAGCGUCGAGAAGCUCAAGAAAGGCAGAGGGCUCAGAGAACCGGAAAAUCCAACAAACCGGAGCCGAGCACAGGACGUCAGGACCCAGAGGAUAUCAUGCCCUACAGUCGACCCUCUUUCCCAGGUGUCCACCAUCCCCGGGGUGACAGAGAGCCGAGCUCCUCCAGCUCCAUGUCAUCGCGAGGUUCUGGAGGCCGGAGGAGAGGCGAAGGAGUAUCUGGGAGCCGCAGGAAUCCUGCAGAAAUUAGCCUCAACACCAUAGGAGCCUUCCAGCCAGGAGAAGAGGAGCAACUGGAGAUGGCCGAGAGCUGAAGUCAGAAUUGACACGUCACUGUUUUAUUAACCAUCUUUAAUCAUCUCAACAAUGCCUUUCCUUUCAUAACUACUCAUCUUGAAAACUGACCAACUGUUUAGCUCUUUUAAUUGUGCAUUUGACAUUUCACAAAAAAAAAACAACAAAAAAAAAACAAAAACAAAACAAACACAAACAUAUAACGGCACAUCCGAUGGGGUGACACUGAUUUUGGCUUAAUGUGAUGUGGAUGCAGCGAGUGUGACUUUGCUCAGCAAGGCCUAGAUGCCAGGCAUUACUGUUAAUGAAUAAUAUUAGCUCCAAGCAGAAAGGGAUGGACUUACCUGUAAAUAAACAUGCAUACAUGUCUUUUAUAACGUGUGGUACGUUGGAUUUUUGUCUUCCUCAGCUUAUUGGGAUCAUUUCAAAACAUUUUAAUAUUAUUCUGUAAUUUUUUUGUAUCACGUCCAUCCUGGUUGUAAAAUCGUCCUUUCAUUUAAACGGAUCUGAGAUUGAAUACGUGUUACUUUUUUCUUUCUUUUUUUUUUGUUAUAAUGCACUGUUAUUUUGUCGUCUGUUGAUGUUUAUUGUUAUUUGUUUGCCAUUGGUUUUAAAAGCACAAUCACUAAACUUUAUUUUGAACCAUGUUAUCGAUUAACCUUUUUGUCCUACGUGAGAAGAACAGGUACUGUAUGACAAAAGGGCUCGUUAACCCUGACGUAGUUGGAAAAGAGGGAACGCUGUUUACAAAUACGGAGGUGAAUGAACAGAAAAAAGAAAAGAAAAAAAACACGGCCCUGCGUCUCUCUCUCUCUCUCUCUCUCUCUCGCUGCCUGAUUCUCAGAAAUGUUUCAUUUGCGCAUCGUUCUAUCGGCACACCUUCAUCUACUACAUUAUGCACUUACAGAAACUUGAACUGAGGAAACAGAAAUCUGGAAGGACUGGCUAGCUCAGGGCCGUGGCGUCGUGCCCAGACGUCAGUCGCUUUCGAAGAGGAGAGAGGACACUUAGUGUUUACUCGAGGGCAUCUGCAACUUUUUUUUGUUGUUUCUUAAAGUAAAAAAAAGCAUCAGAAAAAUAGAAAAAAAAA